AAUAGUAACAACCUUCCAAAUUAAACAGAAGAGUAAUAAAAAUUAAAGCUUCUAUAGUAGUUUUUUCUUGUAAAGGCUACACAAAUUUCGAGAAUCUGCUCAGGCACCACCACCGGCAGUACACUAGCACCGUGACCAUCGCCCUCCGGAUUUCGUCGAGCAUUGGCAAUGGCUACCGUCAGAAAUCUGAAAAUCAAGACAUCUACUUGCAAACGCAUACUGAAGGAGCUCCAUUCCUAUGAGAAAGAGGUUGAGAGAGAAGCUGCUAAGACUGCUGAUAUGAAGGAGAAAGGUGCCGAUCCCUAUGACCUCAAACAGCAGGAAAAUGUGUUGGCUGAAUCCAGAAUGAUGGUCCCUGAUUGUCGCAAACGCCUGGAAGGAGCACUAGAGGACCUUAAAGGAACUUUGGUUGAGUUAGAGGAGACGGACGAAAAACAAGGCCCUGAAUUUGAAGAAGCUCGAAACAUAAUAGCAGAUGUUGAGAAGUUGUUUGAAUCUUCUGAAGUUUAAAGCACUUUUUGUUGUCCAUUGGACUCUGUUACACUACUGUUAUAACUAGAGAACUCUUCGUGCUGCCUGGUGAGCUUCUGUCAUGCAAUCGUUUGGGUACAUUCUUGUGUUAUAUAAAACUCAUGUGUUUAUCACUAAACCAAGGCUACAAAAUCAACAUUGAACUAUAUUUUGUGAUCAUCUUAAGUUUGUUUACUUUCAAUUAUGUGAAUCUUUUGCGCUAAAGGGUGUGAUCUGUCGGUCAAUGAAAUGACUCUUUUGUUCGUA